AUGAACCGCAUGGAGACCGAGGCCAAGUCAGACAGAUGCGUGGAAAUCAGUGAUGAUAGAACUGUCAGCCUGAAAAAUUCGGCGUCCCUAGCGGGGCCGGAGAAGGAUGGCUUCACGUUUGACAGGGUGUUUGAUACUGAUAGCCACCAGCGUGACAUCUUUGGCUGGAGUGUCAAGGGAAUUGUGGAUGAUGUGAUGUCUGGUUUCAACGGAACGUUGUUCUGCUAUGGUCAAACUGGUUCUGGUAAAACAUACACCAUGAUGGGAGCCGAUAUCAAGAACGAGAACACGAAGGGUCUCAUACCUCGUAUCGUCGAGCAAAUCUUUGCUUCUAUCAUCGACGCAGACUCUAUUGUCGAGUAUACUGUCAAGGUCAGCUACAUGGAGAUCUACAUGGAGAAGAUUAAGGAUUUACUCGCUCCUCAAAACGACAAUCUCUCCAUUCACGAGGACAAGGUCAGAGGUGUCUAUGUCAAGAGUCUCACAGAUGUCUACGUCAGCUCCGAGGAUGAUGUUUAUAGGGUCAUGCAAGCUGGCUCCGCUAAUCGUGUUGUGUCUGCCACAAACAUGAACGCCGAGUCUUCGCGCUCCCACUCCAUCUUUGUGAUCGGUAUCCAUCAGCGGAAUACUGAAACUGGUAGUCAGAAAACUGGAAACCUCUACCUCGUUGAUUUGGCGGGUUCUGAAAAGAUUGGCAAGACUGGUGCUACCGGGCAGACUUUGGAGGAGGCCAAGAAAAUCAACAAAUCCUUGUCGGCUUUGGGUAUGGUCAUCAAUUCGUUGACGGACGGAAAAUCCCAACACGUCCCUUAUCGAGAUUCUAAACUUACACGUAUCCUGCAAGAAUCACUGGGUGGUAACUCACGCACGACCUUAAUCAUCAAUUGUUCCCCAGCCACCUUCAACGAGCCCGAAACUCUCGGUACCUUGCGCUUCGGUAUGCGCGCCAAAUCUAUCAAGAACAAGGCACGAGUCAACGUCGAGAUGUCGCCCGCCGAGCUUCGCGCCAAGCUCAAGAGGACGACUGCCGAACUUGCCGCUGUGCGCGGGUUUGCGAGUGAAUUGGAGGAGGAGGUCAAGGUAUGGAGAAGCGGAGGACAGGUCGAGCAGAGCAAGUGGACGGGGCCAUUGGCGGCUGCUAGUGAUGCUGCGUCAGGUGCAGCUGCCAAGCGGGGCGCGACUCCGCCUCCACCUCCUACACCCGGCAGCUCGAGUGCAGCCAGUGGUGGUCGGGCUGGGACGCCUGGUGGGGGCUUGCUGGCUGUGGACGGAAGUAGGCCUGAUACGCCUACUUCGUUCGGAGCAAGCUUGGAUAAGGACGAGAGGGAGGAGUUCUUGAAACGCGAGAACGAAUUGAGCGAUCAGUUGGCAGAGAAAGAAUCGGCGUUGGCCGCACAAGAGAGGCUUUUGGCCGAUCUGAAGGACGAGAUUGCGUUCUUGAAGGAGGCCGAGUCUGGCAUGUCUGAGGAAAACAAAAACAUGUCUGGCGAGCUCAACGAGCUCCGCAUAUCUUCCGCUCGCCUCGAGUCCGAGUCAAAGGACGCCACCAUCACUCUCGACUCUUACAAGGAAAAGAUUGCCGAGCUCCAGAAAGAUAUCGAGGACCAGAAAGCCCAGAUCGAAGAUCUCAAGCACGCGCAGACAAGAGAGAAGGAGGAAGAGAAGGAGAAGCGCAAGCAUGAGAUGUUGAGUGAUAUGAUGAGCAAGAUCGAUAUGGGUGGAGCGGUGCUGGAUUCUUCAAGCGAGAAGCUUCGAGGUGUUCUCAGGGAUUUAGAAGAAGCUCCCGAGGGAGAGAUGAGAGAAAAGCUCUCUGCUCAGACUAGGGAACUCAUCAGAUCAACGCUGGCAGAGAACCAUGACGCUGUAAGGGGCCUGCAAGAAAGACUGAGAUUGUCCCAUGAGGAGGGAGAACUGCAAGGGAAGCGCAGAUCGGAACUCGAGAAGAUGUUGAACAAGAGAGACGCUGCUUACGAGGAGUUGCUCGACAAGACCGCUUCGGGGCAAGGUAUCUCUCUUGGAGAGCUCAAGUCUCAGCUCGAAUCCAAGUACACUUCGUCGGAAGAGCUUCUUCGUUCCGAGAUUACGUCUCUCACCGAGCACGCCGAGUCUCGAGCAAGCGAUGUCAAGCGGUUGCAGAGCACUGUUGAGAGCUACAAGCUUUCGAACGAAGAACUGAAUCGAGCCCUUUCUGCUGCCACUGCUGGUACCGACGGCGAGAACUUUGCCAACUCUGCAAAGGAGCUCGAACGCGCUAGGAAGGCUCAUGAGAUCCAAUACGCCGAGUUUGACAUUGUGAAGAAGAGCUUGAUGAAGGAUCUCCAGAACCGUUGCGAGAAAGUGGUCGAGCUGGAGAUGCAACUUGACGAAGUCAGGGAGCAGUACAAGAUCAUUGCGCGAUCGGCCAAUUCUCGAGCGCAACAGAAGAAGCUCGAGUUUUUGGAGCACAACCUCGACGCACUCAGCGGUGUCCAGAAGCAGCUGGUUGAGCAAAACACGAUUCUCAAGAAGGAGGUCGCCGAAGCCCAGCGCAAGCUCAUGUCCCGAAAUGACCGCAUCCAAAACCUUGAGGCCGCUCUCAGCAAUGCCGACCAGCGUCUCACGCAGAAGAAUCAAAAGUACGAGCAGCAGCUCCAGCUCUUCAGAGAGAAGCUGGCCGAGGCGCAGUCGAAGCAGAACGCCACAUAUGCGCACGGCAGGAUUGCGAAGCCUUUACGGGGUGGAGGUGGUGCGGGUGCGGGUGGUGCUUUGCAAAGCAUCAUGGGAGGCGGAAAACAGGAAGAGAGUCCUGGUGGAAAGAGACGUGAGUCGUGA